UGUAACUAGAGAAAGCUUGGAUGAGUGUCCGGGUGGAGUGACACGUGUGGACGAGGGCACACCCAGGAGGCAAUUCAAGUUAAAUACAAAUAAAAUAAGAUAAACUGGGAUUUUAUUUUUUUAGUUGAAUCCUCCAGAAAGCAACCAACAUGGGGCGAGGAGAAGGACGUGAGCAGUAUGAACUGGCUGCGACAUCUGAGCAGGGAAGCAAGAAGAAGGCCAAGGCCAAGAAGAAGGAAAAGGACAUGGAUGAGCUGAAGAAGGAAGUGGAUCUGGACGAUCAUAAACUAAACCUGGAUGAGCUCAACCGCAAAUACGGCACAGACCUUAGCAGGGGGUUAACAAGUGCCAAGGCUGCAGAGAACCUUGCCCGCGAUGGCCCCAACUCCCUGACCCCACCCCCCACUACCCCUGAAUGGGUCAAGUUCUGCAAGCAGAUGUUUGGAGGGUUCUCCAUGCUGCUGUGGACUGGUGCCAUCCUCUGUUUCCUGGCCUACGGUAUCCAGGCAGCCAUGGAAGAUGAACCAGCCAAUGACAAUUUGUACCUGGGUGUUGUGCUGUCUGCUGUCGUCAUCAUCACUGGCUGUUUCUCCUACUACCAAGAGGCUAAGAGCUCAAAGAUCAUGGAUUCCUUCAAGAACCUGGUCCCACAGCAAGCCUUGGUUGUCCGUGACGGUGAGAAGAUGAACAUCAACGCUGAGCAGGUGGUGAUUGGAGAUCUGGUGGAGGUGAAGGGAGGAGACAGGAUCCCAGCUGAUCUGCGCAUCAUCUCUGCCAGCGGCUGCAAGGUGGACAACUCGUCCCUCACUGGUGAAUCUGAGCCCCAAACACGUACCCCUGACUUCUCCAAUGACAACCCCUUGGAGACCAGGAACAUCGCUUUCUUCUCCACCAACUGUGUUGAAGGAACUGCCCGCGGAAUUGUCAUCAACACCGGUGACCGUACGGUUAUGGGUCGUAUCGCCACUCUUGCCUCUGGCCUCGAGGUCGGACGUACCCCUAUUUCCAUUGAGAUUGAGCACUUCAUCCACAUCAUCACUGGUGUGGCCGUCUUCCUUGGGAUGUCCUUCUUCGUCCUCUCCCUCAUCCUUGGAUACUCCUGGCUGGAGGCUGUCAUCUUCCUCAUUGGAAUCAUUGUCGCCAACGUGCCAGAGGGUCUCCUGGCAACAGUCACUGUGUGUUUGACUCUGACUGCCAAGCGUAUGGCCAAGAAGAACUGCUUGGUGAAGAACCUUGAAGCUGUGGAGACCCUUGGUUCCACCUCCACCAUCUGCUCCGACAAGACUGGCACCUUGACCCAGAACCGGAUGACUGUGGCCCACAUGUGGUUUGACAACCAGAUCCAUGAAGCUGACACUACUGAGAACCAGAGUGGGACCUCCUUCGACAAGAGCUCUGCCACCUGGGCUGCCCUGGCUAGAGUCGCUGGCCUCUGCAACCGUGCUGUCUUCCUGGCAGAGCAGUCCAACCUGCCUAUCCUUAAGAGAGAUGUGGCCGGGGAUGCCUCGGAGUCUGCCCUGCUGAAGUGUAUCGAACUGUGCUGUGGCUCUGUCCAGGAGAUGAGAGACAAGUACACUAAAAUAUCUGAGAUCCCGUUCAACUCCACCAACAAAUACCAGCUCUCUAUUCACAACAACACUGUUGAGGGUGAGACCAAGCACCUGCUAGUGAUGAAGGGAGCUCCUGAGAGGAUCCUGGACCGCUGCUCCACCAUCUUGAUCCAGGGCAAAGAGCAGCCAUUGGACGAUGAGAUGAAAGACGCCUUCCAGAAUGCCUAUAUGGAAUUGGGUGGCCUGGGAGAGAGAGUUCUGGGUUUCUGCCAUUUUCUUCUUCCUGAUGACCAAUUUGCUGAGGGCUUCCAGUUUGAUGCAGAGGAGGUGAACUUCCCCACUGAGAACCUGUGCUUUAUUGGCCUCAUGUCCAUGAUUGAUCCUCCCCGUGCAGCUGUGCCUGAUGCUGUGGGCAAGUGCAGGAGUGCUGGAAUUAAGGUUAUCAUGGUGACUGGUGAUCAUCCAAUCACUGCUAAGGCCAUCGCUAAGGGUGUGGGUAUCAUCUCUGAGGGCAAUGAGACUGUUGAGGACAUUGCUGCACGUCUUAACAUUCCAGUUACUGAAGUCAACCCAAGGGAUGCCAAAGCCUGUGUGGUCCAUGGAGGUGACCUCAAGGACCUGUCUCCUGAACAGUUGGACGAUAUCCUGAAGUACCACACAGAGAUUGUGUUCGCCAGAACAUCUCCUCAACAAAAGCUGAUCAUAGUUGAAGGCUGCCAGCGCCAGGGUGCGAUUGUAGCUGUGACAGGAGAUGGUGUGAACGACUCUCCUGCCCUGAAGAAGGCUGACAUUGGUGUUGCCAUGGGCAUUGCUGGAUCAGACGUCUCCAAGCAGGCUGCUGACAUGAUCCUUCUGGAUGACAACUUUGCCUCCAUUGUGACUGGGGUAGAAGAAGGUCGUCUGAUCUUCGAUAACUUGAAGAAGUCCAUUGCUUACACCCUGACCAGCAACAUUCCAGAGAUUACCCCCUUCCUUUUCUUUAUUAUCGCUAACAUUCCAUUGCCCCUGGGAACCGUCACCAUCCUCUGUAUUGAUCUGGGAACUGACAUGGUUCCUGCCAUCUCCCUGGCCUACGAAGCAGCUGAGAGUGACAUCAUGAAGAGACAGCCCAGAAACCCCAAAACAGACAAACUGGUCAAUGAGAGACUCAUCAGCAUAGCAUACGGCCAAAUCGGUAUGAUUCAGGCCCUAGCCGGGUUCUUCACCUACUUUGUGAUCCUGGCUGAGAACGGGUUCCUACCUUCCACACUGUUGGGCAUCCGUGUGAACUGGGACAACAAAUUUCUCAAUGACCUGGAGGACAGCUAUGGCCAGCAGUGGACAUACGAGCAGAGAAAGAUUGUGGAGUUUACCUGCCACACAGCCUUCUUUGCCAGUAUCGUGGUUGUACAGUGGGCUGAUCUGAUCAUCUGUAAGACCAGAAGGAACUCUGUCUUCCAGCAGGGAAUGAGGAACAAGAUCCUGAUCUUUGGCCUGUUUGAGGAGACAGCCCUGGCUGCCUUCCUGUCUUAUUGCCCUGGAAUGGAUGUUGCCCUGAGAAUGUACCCACUCAAACCCAACUGGUGGUUCUGUGCCUUCCCCUACUCCCUCCUCAUCUUCAUCUACGAUGAGAUCCGAAAACUGAUCCUGCGACGCAGUCCGGGAGGUUGGGUGGAGAGGGAGACCUACUACUAGAAAGCAUCCAGUUUGCAUCCAGUUUGCAUCACUCGAGUUUUCUUGCAUGGUUGGCUUGCUGCUCGGAAAUUUUAACCUCCCGUAAAAUUUGGAUGUGUUUUUAUAUAGGGAAUGCUUGAUACUAAAACACUGAGAUCGUGAUGACCAAGACAUUGACAUUGCGUGCCUUGUUUCUGGAACAGGACCAAUUUUAUACUUGUUUUUAACAGUAAUAUGAAUAAACGCUCAGUCAGGUCCCAA